GAACUCAUCACGACCAACACCUCGCGCCACACGCGACCGAGCGUAGGUUUGUACUGCAAUUCCGCCCAACCGCGACGUCCUGGUAAUUGAAGCGAGCGGACACCAGCGCCUGACGGUCCAAGCUGAGCUGUCAGGAACGCAGAGCCGAGCUACUGCCGCAGCUUGCCCGACACAAGCCACACUCAAGACACCCGGAAGGCACCGACACGUCAAGCGGAGAGAGGAGGGCACCAUGAACCGCUUCAAGAUCUCCAAGUUCAAAAACACCACACCGAAAAUCGCCAAGAAGGAUGGAUGGAUCAACGACGUCCGCGGCGGCUCCUUCGCCUGCCAGGGAAACCGCAUCAAGGCCAGCGCCGAGCUGCUGGCCUACAACACGGAGCGGGCCGGCGGCGGCGUGCUGGGCGUGACGACCGUCAAACCCGCGGCGGAUGGACGAUGGAGCGUCAGCCAGAUCGCCUGUCAUUCUGAUCUGGUGACCGACUUGGACUUUUCUCCGUUUGAUGAGAGUCUUCUGGCAACAUGCUCUGCAGAUGAAACAGUGAAGCUGUGGCGUUUGCGCCAACCAGAGCUGGAGCGGCAACCCCUAGCGCCGGAGGUCACCCUCGGACCCGGCCGGGGACGGCCGGAACUUGUGCUCUUCCACCCGACCUCUUCCGGGCUGCUGGCCGUCGGCGCCGCCAAGGGUCCGCUCGUUUGGGACACGGACCGCCGGGAUGCGCCGCUCGCAGUUCUGGAGGAGCACGGCGAGCGGCUGCAGAGUCUGAGCUGGAAACGGGACGGUUCCCUGCUGGCUUCCACCUGCAAGGACAAGAUGCUGCGAGUGUUUGACCCGAGAGCCCAACUGAAAGCAGUUGAGAGCGCCGCCUGCCUGCAGAACAGCAAAGAUUCUCGCAUUCUGUGGGCCAAGGAAGACUUUCUGCUCACCACGGGCUUUGACAGGAUGCGUCACCGGGAGGUGAGGCUUUGGGACAGCAGGAACUUGACUUCUUCCUUGAGCUCCCAGACCUUUGGCACCUCCAGCGGGACGCUGAUUCCUCUUCUUGAUGCUGAUACUGGUCUGCUGGUGCUCGCUGGCAUGAUGUUAUGUUUGCGCAGGGCGACACGGAUGGCGGACUGCAUGGAAGUGUCCACCUCUGAGCCCUUCCUCUCUCAAGUGAGCCACUGUCUGACUGACAUGUCAACGCGCGGCGUCGCCACGGUACCCAAGCGGGCGCUGGACGUGAUGUCUUGCGAAGUGAUGCGCGUGCUCCAGCUGACGGACAACUGCAUCGUGCCCAUCAGCUAUCAAGUCCCUCGCAAGAAUUCCGGCCAUGACUUCCACGCGGACCUUUACCCGGACACGGAGGGCGUCAGUCCGGCCGUGUCUGCUGAUGAGUGGUGGCAGGGGGCGAACAAGCAGGUGCAGAAAGUCAGCCUCCAUCCGGAGAAGAGGCCCAAAGCCGCCGAGGCUCCGGCAGCCAAUCAGACGCCGGCAAGGGAGGAUCAUACCAGCGGGGACAGCAAGGAGGCGCCCCGUGGUUGUUCCACCUCCAGCAGUCCUCUGAGCACGCCCACCAGCAGCGCCGCCGCGUCCCGCUCACCCUCCUCCACCUCGGGCCUCUCCUCGGGCUUCCUCCCCUCGCCAAGCCCCGGCCAGGCGGCCAAGGCCUUCCAGAACUUCCUCGGACCGAGCUCCAAGUUCCGGCACAUCCAGGGCGUGGUGCUGCACCGCGACACGCACAUCACCAACGUGCGCGACCUCAACCUGACCACGCCGGGCGAGUGCGACGGCUUCUGCGUCAAUCGCCGGCACGCCGCCGUGCCCCUCGCCAUAUCCGGCGGCCAGAUUGCCGUCUUUCAGCGCUCCCGGCCCGGAAAGCUGCCGGACGCGGCUCUGCCCACCCUCCAGAACUCUGUCAGUGUGGCGGACCUUCGUUGGGACCCCUUUGACACACGUCGACUCGCUGUGGCUGGAGAGGACGCAAAGAUCCGAGUGUGGCGGGUGCCCGAGGACGGCCUCAAGGAGACGCUGACGGAGCCUGAGCUCAUCCUGCAAGGCCACACCGAGAAAAUUUACUCCAUCACAUUCCACCCUUUGGCCAGCGAUCUGCUGGCGUCGUCGUCUUAUGACCUCACUGUCCGAUUGUGGAACCUGGAAGAUGGAGAGCAGGUGCAGCUCCUCACUGGACACCAAGAUCAGGUUUUCGCCAUGGCUUGGAGCCCGGAUGGCAAGCUGCUGGCAACGGUUUGCAAAGAUGGCAAAAUCCGUGUGUACGACCCGCGCAAGUCGGCCGCGCCUGUGCAGGAGGGUCCAGGCCCCGAUGGGCACCGAGGCGCUCGUGCGGUGUGGGUUUGUGACAGCGAGUACCUGCUGGUGUCUGGAUUCGACAGCCGCAGCGAGCGAGGCCUCUACUUGUACUCCGCCGCCUCCCUUUCCUCCGGCGUGGUGGCCAGCGUCUCCGUGGACGUCUCCCCCUCCACGCUGAUCCCUUUCUACGACCCGGACACCGGCGUGGUUCUCCUCACUGGAAAGGGGGACACCCGGGUGCACAUCUACGAGAUCGUCCCUGAGGAGCCCUACUUUGUGGAGUGCAGCAGUUUUAACAGUCCCGAGCCCCAUAAGGGCUUGGCCUUCCUCCCCAAGAGCGAGUGCAACGUGCGCGAGGUGGAGAUAGCGGCGGCGCUGAUGCUCACCAAGACCACCGUGGAGCCGGUGGUGUUCAAGGUGCCAAGAGUCAAGAAAGACUUUUUCCAGGACGACUUGUAUCCGGACACGUCGGCGUGCUGGGAGCCGGCGCUGAGCGCCUCGGCCUGGCUCGACAACGCCGACGGUCAGCACAGGAAGAAGCUGAGGCCCGGCGACAUGACGCCAGUGAGCGAAGCCCCCAAAGAGGCCCCUGUGAGGAAGUACAUGCCUUCGUCUUUCUACCUGGAGGAGAAGACUGACGAGCAGAAGAAAGAGGAGCUUCUGGUCGCCAUGGUUGCCAAGCUGGGAAACAUGGACGACCCGUUGCCCCAAGAAUCCUUCGAGGGCGUCGACGAGGAGGAGUGGGCUAAGUAUUUAGCACAAGUCAUCGUUAUGGGGGUUCAGGUGGUGGGCCGUGCUUUCGCUCGGGCCUUACAGCAAGAAUAUGCAGCGAGUCAGGCAGCGGCGCGGGCACGAAGCAGGGCCGGUCAGCAUUCCGCCGCCGCGACCAGCAUCUCCGGAAUGAGUUUACAAGAGGCCCAGCAGAUCCUCAACCUCUCCAAGCUCGAACCAGAGGAAAUCCAGAAGAACUACGAACAUCUUUUCAAAGUCAACGACAAGUCCGUGGGCGGUUCAUUUUACUUACAAUCAAAAGUGGUGAGGGCUAAAGAGCGUCUAGAUGAGGAACUAAAUAUCGAAGUCCAACAACAGCAGCAAUCACAGCAAAACACGGAAACGUGAAGUUUGAAACCGCAACCACGCUCCCUCCUCGUCGCCUGUAAAUUAUACCCCAAUAAAUGUCACCCUUUGUCUA